AUGCUGCGCGAAGGCAACAAAAGGCCUCGAGGCGGUCUUCGCUUAUCUCCACGCGCUCUCCUAGCAUUUGGUUCUCUGCUGGCUCUGUCUGCGUCUAUUCACAUUAUCCAACCCGGCCCUGCCCCGUCAGGAUUGUAUCUCACAGCUUCGUCUCUCUCUCUCCCAGCUCCUCGUCUCUGUUCAGCUGUCUCCUCUCUUUCGUAUGCGUCUCCUUUUCUUUCCUCUUCGGCCCUCCUCGCGCCGCUUCUGCAUGCAGGCUGUUCGCCGUCGUCGCCACCUUGCCGCGCGCCUUGCUGGAUUUCUGUGGAGUAUUCAUUCACCGCAGGUGCCUCGCGUGCGCGGCCGCGAGCCACCCCAUCCGUCCUGUCGUGCUCUCCCUUGCUUCCGGCGCUUUCUUCUGCGCCGUGCUCUGUCGCGUUUCUUACUCUGACUCGUCUGCCUGUAUUUCGCAGCGGGAGGUGCGCCGUAGAGGUGUCUGGUGCGUCUCCCGCACGUUCUGAUUCUCACGCGCGCGCUGCCCUCCCUCAUUCUUCCACUGCCCCUUCGUUGUCUGCCUGCCGCCCUCUGGCGGUGCCUCGCGCGCUCUCGUCCUUCUCUGGUGGCUCCAGUUCUUCCCGACUUGGGCUGUCGCACCUCCGGUUCCUUCCUUCUCCGCGUGGCGCAAGAGAAAGGGAGGCUCAGACCCAGCAGAAUCCACUCCGCAGUCAGCGCCGCUUAGGCGAGACAGGCGAGGGUCUCGAUGAGGCGAUCGAUACCGGGAGCGCCGUGCUGCACCGCGCCGGGAGCCUGCGAGAGAGUGGAAAAACGGGUCUCUCAAGCGAUAGCUCAGAGACACAGCGAGGCCGUGCCUCGGGGCCCAGAGGGCGUGGCACGCCUGCCGCAGUUUCUGGUCAUCAGGGCGCUUCGCCUCGCGCCGCCGCCGUGGAGAGCGGCUCGAGCUCGCCGGCGCCUUCGUUGAGACCGAGGCCCUGCCCUUCGGCCUCUCAGCAUCGCGCGGAGAGAGCAGACGCGGCUGCGCGCCUGUCGUACGCUCGCAAAGCCGAUGCGGGGCUCCAGAGGAGGCGCCAGCCGCGGCGGGCGGGGGGGGGGCAGCAGACCCCGGUGCAGGGACAGGGUGGGGAGGAGUCGCCGCAGGGGUCUCCGCCGCGGCAGGGACCGUCUCCGCUGCCCCACACCGCUAGGGCCUCCCGCCACGCACACCCCCAGCAGGCGCGAGCGGCCAGUCCAGGCGUUCCCGCGUUUCCACACAAGCCCAGAGACUUUGGCGACCGAGGAAGCAAGGCGGAGACACACGAGAGCGCUGGCGAAGAACGUGACCACCGGCGAAGAGACGGCGAUGGAGGAAGGACUAGAGAAGAGAAGCCGCUGCUCAGUGGGGGAGCUUGGUUUCGCCGGGGUUCGCAGAAGCCUACAUAUCGAUCAGCCGAGAAGGGCGGCCGGUCUCAUGGCGAAGGAAGCUCAGCGACAAAAACGAUGAAGAGAGGCGAGCCCUCUUCUGACCCGCCAGAGCCUCUAGAAGUUGGAGCCGUUUUCGAAGCGGUUGUGACCAACAUUGCAUCGCACCAGCGUGCGUUUCUUCGGGUCCUCCGUCGAGUGUCUCAGCCAUCUGAGGUAAAGGGGGGCGAGGAAGGCCUUGUGAGCGACGAAGCCCUGCAGGCGGAGAAGGGAACGGUUGACCGCAAGUCGUCGUCUUUGUCCUCUGCUCGCACUACUGGCGAGCUCAACGUGCCCGUGACUGCGCACAUCGCAAGGAUGUCGCAUCGCCUGCGAGACGGAGUUGAAGGCGGCAGGUGGAGCCGGUCUCCGGCGAUGGGGGGGAUUCUCACCGUAGGAGCGUCCGUCUUGAUAACACCUCUCCCCGUUGGCUCGGAGGCCGCCUACGCGUCGCAUCACGUGUCUGGCGCGCUUCUGCAGGAGGUGGCGAUCCUGGCAGACCCCCAAGAAGCCGCAACGGCUGCAGCGAACGCGCCCGCUCUCGACGGCCGGCUGCGAAGUCCUUUCUCGUCUCCGUCGCCUUCGUCGCCAUCUCCCGGUCCCUCGGCGCGCCGCCCGCGCGACGGCCGAGGGCGGGAAUCGGGCGACGGCGAACAGACUGCACACGCCAGGGGCAACCGCGGCGCCGGCGCAGAGCCGCGAGCCUUCGGCUUCGACGAAAAGUACUGGCCGGCGGCUUCGCCCUCCAGCAGCCACGCGACAGACCCUGAGAGCGGCAGGUCGCUCGCGGGGCGGCGGCAGGAGGACGCGGAGAGCGUGGCGCCGCGCGCCAGAGUCGGCUCAGAGUCGGCGGAGGAGCUGGAAGGCGGCGCGCGAGAGCGGCCUCGUCGGGACUCUGCUCGUCCGCCGAAAGGCAGCCUGCCGGUUGCCCUCGUUGGCCAAGAGGUCGGCGCCCGGGCGGUGCGCGUCGAAGAGGGCUACGCGAUCUUGAAACUCUUCUGUCUCGCGCCGCAGGCCGCCGCUGGCGACGCGGCGUGCGAACACGAAGGAGACGCAGACCGAGACAGGGCGCCGGCGCACGCCGGCGCUGCGGAGACCCCGUGGGGGUUCCUCCACUGGGCCUCGGUGCGGUUUCGGGACGACGAGUCCGCGUCCGACGAGGGGCGAGGCGGCGGUGGCGGGGAGAGCCGACCCAGAGCCUCCGUGAAGAAACCGAAUAGGCGCGUUGACCUGCGGCAGCUGAUGGCGGCCGGCGACCUUGUGCGCGUGGGUCUCAAAGCGCCCCCUACUGAAGCGUCGCCGCGCUGGCAGCUCUUCUUCGACUACGCUCUGCCGCCGUCUGCGUCAGCGCUGCCGACGUCUGAUGAGGCGUUGGCGAGCCCCUCGGGCUGUGCCAGUCCGUCUGGGGGCACCGCCGCGGCGCAGGCAGGCGCGGGCGAGGGGAGGCUGCUCGGCAUGAGGCCGAAGAAGAGCGGAGACGAGGAAGAAAGCGACUUCAUCGACGCGCUCGGGGCGGACGAAGACCGGCAGCCAGGCAGCCCGUCUCUCUUUUUCUUGGAAGACGAGACGAGCCCCGGGGACGCUGCACUCGCGCUGGCGUCUCGCAGCCGCCGACGGCGCGCGGUGGCGCUCCACCAGGGUGCGAAGGAACGCGAGGAGGACGAGGACGAUAAACUUUUUUUCAAGCGAGAGAGGCACCGCGGCACGCGCCGGGCGCUGGCCGCAAGGGACGAGGAGCCGUUUGCUUCUGCCUUGUUCGAAGUCGACUCUGUUCGCCAUGCGAGGAGCGCAGCUGACGCGGGCGACGAAGGCGCAGAUGGCGGCCGCGGCCCGCGUCCGUCAGCCGCGUCCGGAGACGAGGCCGCUGCUUCGGACCCCGCGUCGCCCUCUCCUGCCGGCGCGCCAGAGGGGGAGGAGGAGGCGGAGGAGGACGAAGAGCUCUGGCUCUUGCGCGAAGAAGCGAAGCUUCUCGCGCAGCUACGAGAGAGCGGCGGGGCGGCGAAGACGCCGGAGGAAGCCGAGCAAGACGCGUUUCUUCGCCCCGCGAUCGUCUGCGUGCUGGGUCACAUCGACCACGGCAAGACGACGCUUCUACGCGCCCUGAAGCUCAAGGCGCUUCUCCGCGCGCAGGCGCGAAGAGAAAAGACGUGUCAACAAGAGGAAGAAAGCGAGGCCGCUGUGGGGGGGCGAAGGCGUGUCGCCGGGAGGACCGUAGCCGACCCAGACGGGCGAACCUUCGAACGCGAGCAAAAAGCGAUUUUCGCGGCGGCCGAAGCUGGCGGCAUCACUCAGCGACUGUCGGCUUUCCAGCUCGCGUACGGCGCCCCGGCCUCCUCGACCCCCUCCGCCGCUUCGCCGGCGUCUUCUCCGCCCUCUUCGGUGACGUUUUUGGACACGCCUGGGCACGCGGCAUUCGAACAGAUGCGCGCUCGCGCUACGUCCUCUGCAGACUUGGCUGUUCUGGUCGUCGCUGCUGACGAAGGCGUGCAAGAGCAAACGAUUCGGAGCAUACAGAUGUGUCGAGCAGCCAACAUUCCAUUCGUCGUCGCUCUGACGAAGCGCAUGCGGCUGCCUCUCACUGCGUCUUCGCCCGUCUCGCCUUCUGCGCCGUCGUUUGCGGCGCUGGCGGCCUCUCCUCCGGUUGUGCGCGUUCUCGCUCAGCUCGCUGAGCACGGCGUCCUCACAGAGCCCCUCGGGGGCGACGUUCAGGUGGGCCUCGUAGACGCCAAAGCGUUUCUAGACAGAUUUGAAGGGCGGCGGAAGAAGCGCGGCGGCAAGAGGGAGCGAGGAGCUGCGAGAGACGCAGUCAAAGCGGCUGCUGCAUCAGGACAGGACGCAGAGGAACGCGAGCGCGCGGAAGACUCAGAGCGCGCAGAGGAGAGAGCUGACGACGAACACGAGGACGAGGAGGAGGAGGAGGACCAAGGAGGAGGGGAGGCGGGGGCGGAAGACGACUUAGACGAUUUGAUUGAUAAGAUCUUUCUCCAGGCUGAGAUGCUGGAACUGCGAACGAGUCUCUCGUGCCCAGGCGAGGGCGUCGUCAUGGAGUCCUUCGUGGCUAAGGGGAUCGGAGGCUGCGCCUCUGUGCUACUGAAGCGCGGAUCAGUGAAAAAAGGUGCUGUGGUGCUCGCGGGGCCCUCCGUCUGCCGCAUCAGGCAGCUGCGGCUCCACCGCUCCGGAAUGGAAGACGAGGCGCCGGGAGAGAGCUCGCGCAAGGGGAAAGAUCCGCGGAAGGCGAAAAAAGACGACGCUGAAGAAGUCGUUCAAGGCUUCGCCGGAGAGGCACUUGACGUCUGCGGAUUCCCAGCGGAAAAUCUUCCCCUUCCGGGAGAGACGUUUGUUGUCAUCAAGAACGAGGCGCACGGGCGACAGCUGGCUGAGCUGAACAAGCGCAAGCGACGGCGAGCUGAAGAGUCGCGGCGCGCGAAGGAGGCGAAGAUGCGCCUCCUCGAUCGACUGCUGCACGGUGAAGACGAGGACCUUGUUCUACCCGUUGUGAUCAAGGCCGAUCAGCAGGGGACAGCUGAGGCCCUAGCGUCUGCGCUUACCGGCCUUUGGGCUCCACCGCCUACGCCUGCGACUCGGACCCCCACAGGCGCGGUUCCUCUGGAGGGCCCUGUCGCCCCUCCAGACCCUGCGUCGUUGGAGCAAUCCUUCGCGGACGAGGGUGCGUCUCAGUGGCGCUCCGACGCGCCUGACGGGGCGGCAGCCGGACACGAUUCCGCGGGCGCCUCGCAGAAGGGGACUGUCUUCUCGGGGGCGGGUGUGGCAGGGGAGCCCAACGGCCCCGGGUCGGUGGAGCAGACGAUUCGGGACACUUGGACUCGGCGCAUGGAGUACGAGGAGGGCAUCAUCCGACGAAGGCGAAACGGGGAGACAGAGGAAACGCGAGGAGAUACGGCCGAGCCUGGGGUUGCGCCAUCCCUCUCGUCUGCGGGCGCCGCCAGCGGCAGUCAGGCAAACAACGGCGACGGCCGCUCCCCUCUUGACACUGCGCCUUUCUCAAGCCCGUGGGUUGCCUCUUUCGGUAGGCCUCCACACCAAGUGGCGGGCGUGCAAAGCGAGGAGAGCGGCGCCGCCUCUUCUGCGUCCGCCUUCGCGGCUUCCGCUGCGUUCUCUCCGCUCGCCGCGCCUGGCGACACACUGAGGGCGGGGGCGAGCCUGCAGACCGGCAAUUUAAACGAGGCCCGUGGCACGCUGGAGGGACGCGGCAGUGGACGAACGCGGACAGUCAAAAUUCUCGCCGCGCGAGCCGGACUCGUCUCCAUAGAAGACGUCCGCACAGCUGCUGUGUCGCGGGGGAAAGCCAAGAGGAGCGACACAGAAGGCAAGAAGGGGCAACAGCGUGAAGGCGGAGUCGUCGUCGCCUUCUCCACGACAGUAGAUCGCCAGGCGAAGGAAGAGGCUGCAAGGCAGGGCGUGACGCUCGUCACCGCCGACGUCGUCUACGAUGCGGUGUCGCAGAUCGAGGCGAUCUUGAGGAGGCAAAACCUUUUCAGCCCCGACAAGAAGGAAGAGGCAGAGGACACGCAGCAUGCGGGAAAGUCGCAGAUGCCGCGGACAGCGUCGGGAGCAGCUGCGGCAGCUGCGCAGACGGCCGGCAGGACAGGCAAAAAGGCGAAACCCACGGAGGAAACGGAGGCCGCAGACAGGUCUCUGCUGAAAAAAGCGAUAAGACAAAGUCCGCCUGCCGGAAAAGCGAUUGUCAAAGCUCUCUUCCAUCUGAAGAGUGGCCUCGUGGUUGGCUGCGGAGUCGCUGAGGGCGCUGUAAACUUGGGCGCGACAGUUCAAGUUGUUCGAGACGGCCAACUCAUUCACGAGGGCUCUCUCGUUUCCUUGCGAGUAGGACCCGAGGCCCAGACGACGGUACGGGGCCCGGGGACCGAGUGUGGGGUGAUGAUCAGCGGGGACUUUACGGGCGUGGAAGUCGGCGACCAUUUGCUUUUCUUCCCGGCAGAGGAGAGCCAAAAGAGGAAAAAGUGA